AGUUGUGUGAGCGAGAGAACGAGAGAAACUGUCUCAUAUUCGUCGCACACAAACAUCACUCAGCCAUUUUUUUUACUUUUGUAUAAAAUCAUUAAGCGUGCACGUCAAAGACAUCAGACGUAUUUUUCGCAUACAAUUGAAGGUUAAGUUAAACACAAGUCAAAAUGAGCAGCUCCGAAGAAGUGUCAUGGAUUUCAUGGUUUUGCGGACUUCGCGGUAAUGAAUUUUUCUGCGAGGUCGAUGAAGACUACAUCCAAGAUAAAUUCAAUUUGACUGGAUUGAACGAACAGGUUCCCAAUUAUAGGCAAGCUUUAGAUAUGAUUCUAGAUCUUGAACCAGAGGAUGAAUUAGACAACAAUCCAAAUGAGUCUGACUUGGUUGAACAGGCCGCCGAAAUGCUGUAUGGUUUAAUUCACGCUAGAUACAUUUUGACCAAUCGUGGUAUUGCUCAAAUGAUAGAAAAGUACCAAAGUGGUGAAUUUGGCCAAUGUUCGCGCGUUUACUGCGAAGGUCAAUUCAUGUUGCCAAUCGGUUUAUCCGAUAUUCCCGGCGAGGCAAUGGUUAAAAUUUAUUGCCCGAAAUGCAUUGAUGUAUACAACCCGAAAUCUUCCCGUCACCACCACACCGAUGGCGCAUAUUUUGGUACCGGUUUUCCUCACAUGCUAUUCAUGGUUCAUCCUGAAUAUCGUCCCAAGCGUCCAACCAAUCAAUUUGUUCCAAGAUUGUAUGGAUUCAAGAUUCAUUCGUUAGCCUAUCAGAUCCAAUUGGCAGCGGCUGGAAAUUUUAAAAUGCCUUUACGAGCGGUAAAUCAUGAAAAUAGAAAUUGAGCGCACUAACCCAAUUUGCUAAAUCUAAAUUUCAAUUGAACAUACAAAACUAAUUAGCUAACCCCGACUUUUGUCUUUAUGUUGCAAAACAAUAAAUCACGAAUCUAUUUCCGUUGUGUGAAAUAAAAAAAAUAGUACUUUUACCAAAAGUGUUGUGUGAGUGCUGGCCAAACGAUUAAAUUAAGAGAAAAAGAAAUGGGUGGAUGGAGGGUAAUGACUGUGAAUAAAUUGCAACAUGAUUGAAAAAAAUGGACAAGACCAUACAGUUUAAGCACUAUUGGUGAAAGUAUUAUACCAAAAUCUUUAGUUAUAUAAACGCUGGUAAUGACGAACAUAACCACGGUUCCCACGCUUGCAUUUGUUGCAUUUCUAACAAAAAACCACUUCAUCUAAUUGUAACUGUGAGCGCACGCCAUUCAUCAUUAUUUUUUAACUCACUCAUCCGUUUAAAAGUCGAUACAAAUCAACAAAAAAACAAUCCUUUUGCCAUUGUUCAAUUUCAGGAUCAGAGAAUGUAAUGAAAAUAAGAAUUAUCGAAAGGAUCGCAUUAAAAUAAAACACUGACCAUAUUUGCAACCUGAUUUCAGAAAUGAAAACAAACAAUUUUUUUGUGUUGAAAAGUAAUGGAGAAGAGAAAACGAUGGAGAUGGCCCAAAAUGUAACAAAAAAAACAUCAGCAAUUUCUAAACAGCGAACAAGUGUGCGAGAAAAUAAGGCGUUUGUUUGGUUUAAAUUUGAUUUUGUAGAUGGAAUAUACAACAUUUUGGAGUUAUAAUGAACAAGGACUAGCGUCUCCAAAUGACAAAAAAUAAAACACACACACACUCUAAAAAUAGAAUAAUAUAAUCCAUUUAAGACAUACACACAUAAUAAUGAACAAAUCAAUCUCAGUGCAAAGAAAGUUGAGGAGGAAACAGAAAAAAAAAACAUAUUAUUUAAAAAUC